UCUAUGGACUCGACUGACCGAGUAAAGCUAUCCCGGAACUUUUUACUCAAUUAACCAUUCAUGAAAAUAGGUUUCAAAGAGUUUUAUCGUGGUUUUGCCAACAGUUUUUGUGAUUAGGAUGAUACACACCCUCGUACGGAACCUAUUUUGUUCCUGUUAAAUAAAAAAAGGACUUUUUCUAAUGUUUUCGCUCUGACGUUACUGCGGGACAGCAGUAACCCCAUCGACUUGUCUUCACAGCAGGAGAUGUUUGUGUUUCUGAACAAGAAGAAUCUCCGCCAGUACAUUUAUAAGAACAUCAUCCUCAGUUCUGGUCUGGUCCAGGAUGAGAUGGCCCACUACCUCUACGUCCUCCAGUCAGUCACUCUGAAUAGCUUAGAGGUGCGCAUGAGGAUGCCUCUGGACUGUUACAGCCAAGAACAAAGAGACAUUCUCCACGCUUUGAGGCAGGCGGCAUUUGAGACGGACAGCGAGAACAGCCUAAGUCACGAAAGACGACGCUCGCUCUGCGCAAAAGAGUUCAAGAAACUGGGUUUUUCUAACAACAGCAACCCAGGUCAGGACCUGGUGCGUACACCUCCUGGUCUCUUAGCUUUAGACACCAUGCAUUACUUUGCCUCUCGCUACCCUGACGCCUACAGCAGGUUUGUUUUGGAGAACAGCAGCAGAGAGGACAAACACGAGUGUCCGUUCGCCAGGAGCAGCAUCCAGCUCACACUCGUUCUUUGUGAAAUCCUGCGAAUCGGAGAGCCGACCUCGGAGACGGGAUCCGACUACCACCCCAUCUUCUUCAGCCAGGACAAGCUGCUGGAGGAGCUCUUCUGCGUCUGCAUUCAGCUUCUGAACAAAACCUGGAAGGAGAUGAGAGCCACGCAAGAGGACUUCGACAAGGUGAUGCAGGUGGUGAGAGAGCAGAUCACCAGGACGCUGUCCAGUAAGCCCACCUCCCUGGAGCUCUUCAAGAACAAAGUCAACGCUCUGAACUACGGUGAGAUUCUCAAGCUGCGGCAGACGGAGCGGCUGCACCAGGAGGAGACGCUCGCUCCGCCUGUGCUGGAGCUGAAAGAGCGUCUGAAGCCUGAGCUGCUCGAGCUGAUCCGCCAGCAGAGACUCAACAGGUUGUGUCAGGGAACCAUGUUCAGGAAAGUCAGCAGCCGCCGGAGACAGGAUAAACUGUGGUACUGUCGCCUGUCACCCAAUCACAAAAUGCUUCAUUUUGGCGACAUCGAGGAAGACGCUGAAAAUCCACCAAUAGAAACUCUUCAAGAUAAGAUUCCAGUCUCGGAUAUUAAAGGCUUGCUGACGGGAAAGGACUGUCCUCACAUGAAGGAGAACAAAGGCAAACAGAACAAGGAGGUGCUGGAUCUGGCGUUCAGCAUCACGUAUGACGUAGAGGAGUACAGCCUGAACUUCGUCGCCCCGUCCAGGACCGAUUUCUGCCUGUGGACAGAUGGACUGAGCGUCCUCCUUGGCAGGGAGAUGAGUAGUGAAUCCAUGCGAAGCGAGCUGGAGAUCCUCCUUUCCAUGGAAAUUAAGCUCCGCCUCCUGGACCUGGAGAACAUUUCCAUCCCCGAUAACGCCCCCGCCAUCCCCAAACCACCAACUAACUACAACUUCUGCUACGACUUCAGCCACACUGAGCAGUAGUGUGUGUGUGUGUGUGUGUGCGUGUGUGUGUGUGUGUGUGGAACAGGUACUAGCACACAAACUACUUGAGUCGUGGUACUUUUAACGUGCUCACAUGACAUUCGUUUAUAUUUUAAAUGUCUGGUGACGCAGCGGGAACGUCCUCACGCUUGAGGCUGAAACCAGACGAUUCUGGUUCUGCUACCAACUCAAAUUUUCCUGUUAAUAUUUGAAAGCCGUACUUUUCACCUUUCUCAUAAAAUGAGCCUUUACAGGGUUAAUGGGCCCUCUGUGGCCAGAAUAUCACACUUGCAACUUCAGAGUGUCGAUCCAGUCCCUGUUGGACUCCAUAGAGCUGACAUUCCUGGCGCUGCAGUCUGCUUCCGGAACGUUUCCUGCAUGUUUUAGAUCAUAAACACAGCUGAUUUGUUUCAUUUAGUGAUGAACCACUCCUGCAGACACUAACGACAGCUGGGGAGAUGUUCCAGCUCUCAGGUUCAGGUGUUUAAAAGACGAGCUCACAGCGAGGAGAGUUUCAUUUUUGGUUUUACUAACUGGACACUAGGGGGUGCUAAAAGCAAGCCAAAGCUGCAAAGCCUCCCUUUAAAGAGCAAGUCACCCCCAAAUAAACUUUUUUUUGCUGAUAAACUAAAUAAAUGAGUGUCUAAUCGUGCUGCAGACACGUGUCGUCAAUAAUUUGGCACUUCAGUGCAUCUUAGUUAAAAUUUAAAUAUUCUGCCUAAAACUGUCAGUGUUGUGCCGUUGUCAGGUAAAAACUCUGCACUGCAUUUUAAUUUAAAUCUGCCAUCGCUAUUGGCUAAGAGGUAUGCUAUGAUGUAAACUGGUACAUUAUGAUGUCACAAUGCUGUCGUGAGCCUGUGUGUGUGUGUAUUUGUUAGCAGCUCCGCCCUCUCGGUCUGCCAGGCAACAGCAUGUGUUGCAUUUUUCAAACAUGAAGUGGGAGUGGAGUUAGACUCUGGUAGGGGGUGACUUGCUCUUUAAUGUGUUCUGGGAUAAUGGAGCUAACAGCUAUUGCACAGUUUGAGGGUAAAAGGUAUUUUUACAGCUUUGAGUACUAUUGAAGUACUGUCUGCAUCCAAGCAGCUUUAAAAAGUCACCAACUUUUUAUUUAUCUUUACCAAAUCUCUGCUUUGAACCACUUUAUCGUGUGAUGCUUUCAGUGGCGUGUGUGUUUCCUGUAAAUAAUACAGAAUGCAGUUAUUAAUUUUAAAUCUAAAAUCACUUUUAUAUGAGGUACUCGUGAUAAUGAGUCGCGGUGAGGCUUCAUAAAGAGAGGAGAGGUUUUUUUACUUCAGCAUAAAGUACUUGUGUGUAUUUCUGAUGUGCAGCUCUGGUGAGUUUUACUUUUAAUCCAAACACAAAUAAACCGUUUGUUUCAUCCUG